ACCCGCCGUACAUCUCGAACGCCAAGAACACGGGCGCCUCGGUGGGCCAGAAGGGCAUCCUGCAGUGCGAGGCCUCGGCCGUCCCCGUGGCGGAGUUUCAGUGGUUCAAGGAGGACACCAGGUUAGCGAACGGGCUGGAGGGCGUGCGGAUCGAGAGCAAGGUGACCUUCUUCAACGUCUCGGAGAAGGACUACGGCAACUACACGUGCGUGGCCACGAACCAGCUGGGCAACAGCAACGCCAGCAUCAUCCUGUACG